GGGCAAGCUUGUGUUUCAUCUGCAGAUGUUCCUUGGAACUUAGUACGCAUAUUUCUAGUUUUUGAUAAGGCUGCUGGAGACCUUGGCUUCUUGAUUAGAGGGGCAGUAAACGCUGCCAUUCCAUCUAAACAAAUGAGUGAGCUCAUUUUGUUUUGAAAAACAAGUUCAAAGCUGACUGGAUGUAUGUCAAAGCCCAGGAAAUUGUAGAUACGGUAGGACUGAAGUUUACUCCUCUGCUUUGCCUGGAAGGACACAUGCCUCAGUCACGUCACUGAUGUAGGUGGUUCUUUUGGGGGUGUGAUUUUCUGGAGGUGUGGUUGGUUGGUUUCUUCCUUCCUUGCUUGCUAUAUCUGCUUCACUUUGUCUGGUGUGCUGUGAGGCUUGGAUCAUUGCCUUGAGGUAGGUAAGAACGGGUUGUUGGUUUCCCCCCAUUUUUGUUAGGGACUUUAAUUCAUUUCCCAACUAGAUGGGCUUGGGGAGGUGGGGUGGGCAGAUGGGAGUUAUAUUUACUUUAAUUACUUUGAUAGUGCUAGUCGUCUUUGACGGGACUUAACUGGCCAGGGGUCCUUUACCUCUACCUUUUACCUUGCCACUUAUUGGUACAAAUCCAAAUCAUAUUCAAUUUAAUUAUAUAUGUAUUUCUAAUCUUGUAUAAAUUUCUAUAGGCUUAAUUUUCUAUUUUCUGUGUAAAUCCUAUAUUGGUCAUGAUAUCAUUUCAUUUUCCGUUUCCACUAAGUUUUGUAUAUUAUUAAAAAGAGUGAUUUGUGUCUGCGUUUUUUUUAAUGGUACAAGCUGUGGUGGUGCAAACUGUUUCACUGUGUUGCUAUUGAGUAAAAUCGAACCUUGAUGGGGGGUUUUCAUGGUGCAAGCUGUAAUGGUGCAAGCGGUUUCACUGUAUUGCUGCUGAGCUGUUUCACUGUGUUGCUACUGAGCAAAAUUGAACCUUGAUGGGCAGUUGAUGAAUGUGGCUUUGGCCAAGAUUUGGGGGGGGGCUUUCAUUGUGCCUUCAUUGAAUCAGUGGAGAGUGGAGGCUGUAGCAGCCCCUCUUUGCUUUGACAAUGCUACUUAUGAGUGCAUGUGCAAAUAACAUUCAAUUGCUAAUAAGUGUGUGUGUGUGUGUGUGUGUGUGUGUACAGUAUCAAUUUCUAUAUAUUCUAUAUUGGUCAUUAUGUUUCUUAUAUCCAUAGAGUGGUUUGUUUCUGGAUGGUUUGUUUUUUAAAAAAAAAAUUGGUGCAAGCUGUGAUGGUGGAAACUGUUUCACUGUGUUGCUAUUGAGUAAAAUCAAACCUUGCUGGCGGAUUUUUUAUGGUGCAAGCUGUAAUGGUGCAAGUGGUUUCAUUGUGUGGCUACUGAGCAAAAUUAAACCUUGAGGGGCAGUUGAUGAAUGUGGCUUUGGCCAAGAUUUGGGGGACCAUCAUUGUGCCUUCAUUGAAUCAGUGGAGAGUGGAGGCUUUAGCAGCCCCUCUCCAGAGAUGCUGAUGUGUUGGAAAUGCUAGAGGCCAUUUCACUGAACUGCCAUCCAAUAGUUUGAAACAGAGAAGGCUGCACAUUUUUUCUGUUUGGGCUAUUCUGCAGUGGUUUUGUGGUCUCCACAGGGGACAAUUCUCGACACAAUAUUUCUGGCUCUGGGUCUCUUUCUCACCUCUCCCCCAUCUCUUCUAGCUUUAACCACUCGCAAAGCCUACUGUCUUGGGAUUGCAGAGGUCAUUCCUUUAAGGUCACCCCUUUAAGGAUCUCUUCUACAAGUAUGUGAAAGUGGUGCAUGUGUUGUUGUAGUAGAUCUGCCUAGGAAGGGAGGUUAGGUGAAGGUGCUGUUGGGGAGGUGUCUUGUUUUGUGGAGAGGUCAGGAUGAGAGCAAGGAGCCUUAUAAGAAGGUGGCUGAUGCUCAGGCUUCUUUGUAAGAGCCAUGCAAGAGCAAAUUAGUGGCCCUUCUAGUCCAGCAGUCUGUUCCCCUAGUGGCCAACCAGAUAUUUAGGGCAAAGUCCACAACAGGAACCGUGAUCCCCAACAACUGGUUCUAUUGAAAAACAUGCUGUCUCUUUUCCAGGGGGAAAUAUUUAGCUGCCAAUGGCCUUAUUUGCCACAAAUUUCUCUAUUCUGUCCCAUAUGGCAGCCAUCCCCUUAUCUAGUGGCAGGGAGUUCCAUCCUUCAGCAAUGCAAUGUUGUGUGGAAAAGUCCUUUCUCUGGUCUGCUUGUAAUCUUCCACUCACCAGUUUCACUGUAUGACCCCAUUGGACAUGACAAGAAGCCCCUCUCUCUCCAGUCUCUCCACUCCACAUGCCAUUUUAUACACCACUAGCCUUAAAGUGCAGAAUAAAGCCACAACACAUUAAAGAAAGAAAAGAGAGACAAGCAGGAGAGAGGGAAGGAGGUGGGGGCUUGGCCAAAGUGAAGUGGAGAUGUGAGGGAACGGGGGGAUGGAGACGGGGAGCAGAGAGGGUCAUCUGAAGGGGUCUUCUGAAGAGGCCUAAGAGUGGUGGCAAGAGGUUUAGUAAGAAAUUGAUGCAUGAGAUGUAAAUAGAUGGGUGAACCUUCCUUCACAUCCUUUUCUCCUCUUUCAGUUGCAGAAAUGCUGGAAGAGGCAAUUGAAACCGCUCUCCAGGUUAGUAUCUGUGGGAGCAGGUACAAGACCCCCCUCAGCACAGUCCCCCCCUUGCCUCCCCCCACCCACUAGCCCAGGAAAAUGCCGGUUUUGAUGUUUGUCUCCUGGGAUCCAGGAGCAAUCCCUCCCCCCCCCCCAUGGCUUUCACAGGUGUGAGGUUGAGAAAGCCCAUUCCUGAUUAAAAACCUGACUUUUUCCACUUUCAGGAUCUGGCCAGGGAUUAUUUUUUCCUCUUUUGUGUGCACUUCACAUGUGAUCAAACCCGUAAUGUGGCUCCUGAUGCCGUGGUGUAUCAGAAAGAUCCUGUGACUAAGGUCAUUUUGGUAAGUGAGGUUCAGGAUGAGAAAUCCAUUGGGGAGAUGGGCAGAAGGGAUGGGGGUGAGGUUUGGGGAAUGGUCUGUGAAAAGGAAGUUUGUGGGUCUGGCAAAGAAGAAGAAUUUGCAGGCAUUUGGGACAGGCAUUCCAACUGCAAUUGAAGUCAACCCCUGAAUCUGGGGCUGGAGCAGCCCCCCUGAAUUCCAUGGGGAACUAACUUUGCUCUUCUGCUCUUUGAACUCUUCUCAGGACAUCAUGGAGAGAUGGUACAUGUUUCCGGUCCCCUUCAAAGUAUUGAAAAGGGGAAUGAAUGACGUCAUCUGCCUCACGUAUGUUGUUAGCAUUGUUUGGGCAAUUGGGAAUUAGAAAUGGCAAAGUGGGGUGUUUGUGAGCUGCUUGAGGAAAGGGCUGUCAGCAGCUGGCAAUUUAGACUGAGAGGGAAGAAUCAAAACACAGGGAAAUAGCAGGGACUGAAUAAAUGGGCCAAGAGUGCCAUCUUGAGCUUGACAACAAGCUGAUAGGGUAGGCAGGAUGGAGCAAUGGAAGCUUCUGUCUCUAAAAAAGAAAAGAAAAAUCAUGGGUGGCUUUUAUGCUGGAUGUAUCCCCUCCCUCAAUCUCUCCCCUUCCUUAAUGGAAGCUGGGACUUGAUGGGUCAAUAGGGAGCUGUCUGACAUGGGAUUAGUUUUUCAGUGGGUUGUGUAGCUUUUAAAUGUACAUGCUUGAGAGGUCCAAAAUUAGAGGCUGUGGGGUUCCCAACAAGCCUGAAAAUCAUCCAUAGGACUUUGGGAAAUUCAAUCUCAUAUUUUCUGCUUCAUCGUGACAGCUUCGUGAGACCAGCAUAUGCGGUUGUUCGGAAAAGGGCCAUCAUCCGUGGGAUGCUUCUUCCGAUUGCUCACAUUCCUGGACUGAGCAAUCCUGACAGGGAGGUAAAUUCUUUGUAGCUUUGAUCAUUACUCUUGACUUCUGUUGGUUCAAUUUAUCUCCUGAAAAGUUUGCACAUCAUUUCAUUUCUUACUAAUUUUUCAGCGAGACCAUAAGCUUAGCUACACAGAUAAUGCUUUUGGUUUCACUGGGUUUUUUUAACGUCAUCUCCAUUCAGAAAGUGAAUUUUGCCUCAUUAUUUGUCCAUGAGUGAAAACUCUUAGUCUCAUUUGAAGCUGGCAUUUGUCUCUAUUCUGCCAGUUUGCUUUAGUAUCACCCUUAUCCAAAGCUAAAAAUCUGCUAACUAUUCUCACCCCCCCCAUGUCUUUCCACAUCAUCUCCUCCCAUGAAUCUAUGAAUCCACCUCUGUGAAAAUGGUUUUCACCACCAGGCUCUCAAGCAGCUGUUUCAUGCAAUUGUGAGGCGCCUGCUGACUGAGGACCCAACCGCUCAGUGCCUAAGAACCCUCUUGGAAGUAAGUGUGUUGGUAGGACGAGGGUAUUGUUUCAUUUCAGCAGAGCCUGCUGGCAUAAAAGCUUGAUCAGGCAGCAUCACAAACCCAGAACAUGGGUGUCUCCUGACACGCUGGGGAAGGGCAGGCCACUCAGACAGGGGCCCACCCUUGUCAAGGCCCUUUCUUCAGUCUCCACCUGGGUGCAGCAGCCAGGGGGGGCCAAAGCAAAUUUGGGGCUCAGUGACUUGGGAGAUAGCCUUUUUGAGCUGUCUGGAACAUUGAACAAAGGAUCUCCCUCAGAUAGUGGGGGAAAGUCCUCAGUGGAACUGGUAGCUUGCCUCUGUAGCUCAAACCAGCCCCCUGAUACUAAGGUGCUUUUUCCUCCCACAGACGCUGGCCCAUUUUUUCAAUUCAGACGAUGUGCUUGAAAGAGCGCUGGCUACAAGCAGUAUCACCAUCCUGCUGGCCAACGCUAUGAAAUACAAUCAUCUGACUGUAAGUAUCUGUUUUAUGGGCCAGAGAGGUUUCUCAAAGUGGCUUACAAAAGACUAUCUCAGUGAAAGAGACAUCCAAACCUGGUGUCGGGCAGAGAAGUAAACAUGGUCUCCCAGUGUGUCCAGGAUUAUUCAGGUGGUAGUUUUUUGUGCACUUCUUUGGUGCUGCCCUUUGGCCUCCACCUACUAGGCAGCAGAGCCCACAGAGGUGGGCUUCCUUGGAGGCAAGGAAGUGGGGUUUAGUAGAUGCUUUGGGGUUUUAAAAGGACCUAAUUCAGACUUUUCUUCAUUCUACAGCCUGGGGUCAUAAUAAGGGUCCUCCCCGAGGAGCUCACUCCACUGUUCCUAAACAUCAGCGAAGGCAAGUACUCCAUUCUGCAAGCACAGAACAAACCCACAGGGCUCACUCUCCACCCCAAAGCCUAACUGGGGUCUGAGGAGGGCUCACUUCUUGGCAGUAACACACCUGGUUGCUGUAACGCAGCUCAGGUUGAAAUCCCAGCCCUGCCUCAAAGCCCCCAAGCAAGGUGGAGAGUGAACAGCUGUUCCCAGAUGCCAUGGGGAUGCUGGCUCCAGGUGGUGGAGGCCGGUGACCCCCAAUGGUCUGGCAAUGGGGGUGGUGAUGUUGGGGUGGGUAGCAGCCCCACUGGGCUUUGCCAGGGCAUGGGAGGGGGCAUUACCUGUCUAAGAAUGCCCGGUGAUAAGUCUGGGCCUGGUUGUAAGGAAGACUCACUUUUCUUAUCUUCUUUUCCAUCCAGCGGACGUCCAGGCUGUGAUUCAGGAUGUGUUCCCACCACUGAAUGAGGCGUACUGAAUCCUCUUCCCAAACCAGAUUGAUGUGUGUGGUGAAGAAGGAAUCAUUGUCUGGUGUUAUCUGAAGACAUUUGCCAUUAUCUGAGGGUGUUUGUCAUUAUCUGAGGGUGUUUGUCAUUAUCUGAGGGCAUUUGCCAUUAUCUGAGGGCACUUACUAUUAUCUAUGGGCAUUUGUCAUGAUCUGAGGGCAUUUGCCAUGAUCUGAGGGCAUUUGCUAUUAUCUGAAGGCAUUUGCCAUUAUCUGAGGGCACUUACUAUUAUCUGAGGGCAUUUGCCAUUAUCUGAGGGUAUUUCCCACUUUAAAUAAAAAUUGAAUUUUGAGCAAUUCUGAGCU